UGUUCAGCACACGUCGUACAGACUAAUAAUAUUAAUUAUUUUACCGUCGUCUCCUUCAGUGCGGGUCGUCUCUCUGCGUGUGUGUGAACGAUGGUUUUCAAUUUCCCUGCGGUCGUGUGCGCGUUGGUGGCAAUCGUCGACGGCGGAUGCCAUGCGACCGACCUCCAGACGUUCACGGUGACCGACGUGGCAUACUUGGAUGUGGAGGUAGCUGGAACAGAGUUGGGUACGAUUGAAAUCGGUCUUUUUGGUGAAAUUGCACCGAAAACGGUGACUAACUUUAUCACCAUUCUGACAGAAGGUAUAAACGGCCGAACUUACGCUGGCACCAAAUUCCAUCGGGUAUUCAAUAAGUUCGUCAUUCAAGGUGGAGACAUAUUGAACAAUGACGGAAGCGGGUCUAUAAGCAUAUACGGUGACACAUUUCCCGAUGAAAAUCUGAAAGUGAACGCUACAAAGCCAGGAUUUGUAGGAAUGGCUAAUUCUGGUCCAGACACAAACGGAUGUCAGUUUUUCAUAACGACCAGGUCCACGCCGAGUUUGGAUGGAGAGCACGUAAUGUUCGGCAUCGUGAUCGAAGGACAGGAGGUCAUACACGCCGUUGAACAGCAGCUGACAGACCAUCUGGGCAGGCCCACUAAAGAGAUACGAAUAACGAAAUGCGGCUUGCUGAAGCGGCGGCCGCCAUUCGACGUCACGGACCAUCCGCGCAAUUCGAAUGUUUGGAAAUGGAUAAGAGCGUCUGCUCUACCAGUUUCAAUGUCUACGGCUAUAUUAUUACUAUUCCAGUGGAUGAUAGCUCAAAUCAAUAAAGCGAUUCUCUAAUGAGUAACGAAGCUAGUACACAACAUGACUACAAACACCAAGCGACAUAGAUAUCUGGACGUGUGUACACCAACAAUCAACAUAAUAAACAACAAUAAUUGGCUAAAUAUUAUUCAUUGUUCCACACAAAAUAAUGGGAUAAAAAUCGAACGUUUUUCAUUUUUCGUUUAAAAGCUAUAUGCAUAAUAUUACAAUCUGAAUGAUUUUUUUUUACGCGUAGACAGCAAUAACAAACAAAUUAUAUCUCCACAAAUAAUAUUCAUAUAUAUUAUAUGUAGGUACUUACUACUUAUUACACAUACGACAUACCUGUUUAUAUUUGU